UCUUUCGAAAGUCUGCUCUUCAACGCGCCCUCUUUAUCCUCCUCAGUCCGACAAGGUCUUUGGACAGCACAUAUGAUUAGAAUGAAUUCAAUGUGCACAAUUUAAGCAACAUAAUGAUCCGAUUUGUUUUAAUCUAUAUCUGGUUUGCUGGGGAGUUUCAACUCGUCCGUGGUAUUGCUGGGAGAGACACGCCGGCUCUUGGCUCAAAGGAUAACCCCAGACUUCUCAGCAAAGAUUUCAUCAGUGACAGAUUUCACUAUCCGGUCUACCAGAACCACACUGUGUUUUUAUAUCAGGAGGAUUCUGGGGAGUUGUACGUUGGAGCUACUGAUUUUGUGUUAAAGCUUGAUGUGAAUGACUAUCAUAUUAAAGAGAUAUUUCCUCUGAACACUACAGGGAAACAUCAGUGCAAAGAGGACACUUGUCAAAAUGUUAUUACUGUCAUUGAGAAGUUUCAGGACAGCGUGUUUGUCUGUGGAACUAACGGACACAAUCCACAGUGUUGGAAACUUUUUUCUUCAGUGAACAAUCGCUCUCAUGAAAUAGUGAAGAGUUAUGAGGGGACAGGCAUCUCUCCAUUUGUGUACACACAGAACUCCCUGUCUCUCACAGUAGAGGGUGAUCUGUAUUCAGCUGCACCUUUGGCUGCGGAUGGAAGUUCAUUACAGUUCAGAAGGAAAGCUGGCACCAGGACUAAUGUCUGGAUGUACGACAGCUGGGUCUCAGAGCCCACGUUCAUCUCUGCAUCCUGGGUGAAAAGGAAUGAAGACCCUGACAAUGAAAAAAUUUAUAUCUUUUUUCGCGAAAAGAAUUUGGAUAACAACCCGGAGGCUGACCCCUGGAUAUCGAGGGUUGCCAGAGUUUGUAAAGUAGAUGAAGGCGGAUCAAAAAGAUUCUUCCAGAACAUGUGGACAUCUUUUCUCAAGGCCCGGCUUGUCUGCGGGUUUCCAGAGGAGUCGCUUUAUUUCAAUCGUCUCCAAGACAUUUAUGUGAUGCAUGCUGAGGACUGGCACGACACCAGAGUCUAUGCCCUCUUCACAAGCAGCUGGAACUCAACAGCAGUAUGCAUCUAUUCAAUAGAAAUGAUUGAAGAAAUAUUUGAGACGUCAACUUUUAAGGGCUACGACAAAGAGAUCCCUGAACCAAGACCAGGAACCUGUGUAAAGACAAGCAGAAACCUUCCAUUAUCCACUGUCAAUAUGGUGAAGGAUUACCCAGAAAUGACUGACUGGGUUCACUCCAUGGAUCAUUCAGCUCCGUUUUAUGUAAGCAGCUACAACUACACAAAGAUAGUUGUGGAUCAAGUCCAGGCUGCAGACCAGCGGAUGUAUAAUGUUCUAUUUCUAUCCACCGAUUCUGGGAAUAUCCAUAAAGUGUUAGAGGCUGGGUCUGAACCUUUUAUCAUCUCUGAAACACACCUCUUCAGCCACUCAAUGAUUCAAUCAAUGAAACUUGACUCCAAAAAGAAAAAAUUAGUGGUAGGUUUUUCAGAGAAAAUUUCCACCAUGGACCUCCAGACAUGUCAGGAGUACAACAACUCCUGUGAAGAAUGUGUUUUGGCCCGGGACCCGUACUGUGCCUGGACGAAGUUCGGAUGCACCCCAACUGUCCCAGGAGGCAUUCAAAAUAUCAUGGAUGGGGAAAUAAGUGCAUGCCCUUCGUCAGUCAAAGACCAAAGACAAGUGCACCGGACCAAACGGGAGACAAAUUCACCACUAUUGGUUGAUUUGAUAACAGUUCACUCAGUUCCUCUGGGUGUCCCUUUCUAUCUGUCCUGUCCGAUAGACUCUUACCAUGCCGUCUACAACUGGGAGCAUGGAGACCUGAGAAGCCCUUGUUUGCAAAUGCAGUCUAACUGUCUGCACCUCAUCCCUGCCAUGGCACAAGAAAACUAUGGCAACUACAAGUGUGUUUCCAUGGAGAAAAACUUCAUCAAAGUGGUGAAAAAUUAUCAGCUUACAGAGCAGGAGAUCACAGGAACCAAAACUGGUAGAGGCCAAACUCCUUUUACUCGUAAUUCAGCUGUUGGGCUAAAGCAUCAUUUAUAUUGGAUCAUCCUUGGACUGGCUGCUGCAGUGAUGGGGAUUUAGGGUGUGCACAAAUUAGUAAGUAAAAUCUAGCUUCAAAAUUUCUACCCAAAGGAAAUCCACCCAAACACCAGUGGCUUUCAGUUCAUAAGCUGAAGCAUGAACACUCCCAGCAACACUCACAUGUAAAGGCCAGCUCUUAGCUCCAUGAUACAGUAGAGGUCUGGAAAAAAGUUCCUGUGUAAAUGUCCUCUAUGUGCCAGUCAGGUGCUUUGAGGUAAAUUACUUGUUACUUGAGUGGAGUCAGCUGCGGACCAUUUGAGGGUUCCCAUUUUGCUCCCACUCUCAUUACAGUCACUGGUUUAGAGGGUUGUUGCAGUGAAACACAUUUGCUGCAGUGCAGAUAAUGUCUAACUUCUGAAAUAAUAAGCACCUUACAUCACUUUUGUCAACAGAAAAUGUGUAUGUCUUUGAAUUUUGGCAGUUGAAGUAGAACAGAUUUCAGAUGAUUGUUGAAGGGAACCGUUUUUACUUCUAAAGUGUGCAUAUUUAUCACUGAAGUCUUAGUUGAGGCAUUUUAACCACUCAAUAAUUUAUAUUAAAGCGAGACUAUUUAACUUUAGUUCAACAGUAGCAGUUGUUCUAACAAGUGACAAAUGUGGGAUAAUGCUAAAUGCUUAAAUAUGAACAUUGCAUUUACUAGUCGCAAGAGUAGAAAAAGUAGACAAUUGGCCUCUCAACAUCCAUGUUAGAAAAAUAUCUGGCUAAAGUUUGCUAACACUAACGCAUCCAAAAGCUCAUAGCAAGCCAGUAACAUACUAGCAAACCCACCUGUACUGAGUUUAGCAGUGUUGUGUUUAUGGGUUAUUUCUUUGUUCACAAGUAAUAUAGUCUCACUUUAAUCAAGAAAUUAAGCUAUUCUUUAAAACUAAGUUAAAUGUAUUUAUUAAGUAAAUUGUAUUUUGGUACA